AUGCCGCUGCUGCGGAGACCCCCGGAUGGCUCUCGGGAGGACGGGGGGGACCCGUUCGCCGCGGACCCCGAGGGUCGCCGGCGCCGCCGCGCCACCCUGGGCGGGCUGGUGGGGCUGGGGGGACAACUGGGGGGACACCUGGGACACCUCGGGGGACACCUCGGGGCUCCCUUCGGCCGCCGCCUCCUCCGCGACCCCGCCGGGCCCCGCGGGCGCCGCCGCUCCGAGGACUCGGGGGUCGCACGGAGACCCCCGGAGGAAUCGGGGGGCGGCAAGCGGGGGUCGCUGCUGAGGCUGGCCUUGGGGACAUGGGGACAGCGCGGGACAGAGAAGGUGUCGCCGGUGGAGGGACAGGCGGGGGACAGCGCGGAGGGAGCGGGAGAGCGGCGGGAGAGCGGCGGGAGGGACAAGGACGGCGACGGGGACCGGGAAAGGGACAGGGAGCCGCUGUCCGUGCUGGAAAUCCUGGAGCUCAUCCAGCGCCGGCACCUGGUGGCCGCGGACGCUCAGAUCAUCGCCCUGGAGGCCGAGUGCUCCCUGUCCCCAUCGCGCCCUCCCUCCCCGGGUCCCCUCCCCGCGUCCCCUUCCUCCCCAUCCCCAUCCUCCUCUUCCUCCUCCUCCUCUCCGCCCUCCCCGGUCCCCGCUGGCGGCCGCCGAGCCCGGGACGUGGCUUUGCUUUACCGGGCGCUCCUGUCACAGCUCUGGGCCGUGGUGGCCGAGUCGGUGACAUCGCCGCCACCCGCGCUGGCCCCGCUGCGAGCCGUGGUGGCCGUGCUGGAGCAGGAGGAGGCGGCGGACGCUCGGUGCCCACCGGGGACGCGCCCGGGGCGGCCUCGGGCGCUGCGGCGGCGCUGGCACGAAGCGGUGGCCAGGGCGGCCGGGGAGAGGCUGGCGCAGGUGGCACCGGCGGGCGGGCUCGGGGCUCGGCUGGCGGCGCUGGCCGCGAGGGUGGUGGGAGACCUGGGGGUCGUGAGGAGCCGCGUGGCCCCCGAGUACCCCCCCGAGUGGGGGGCGCUGGGCGUUUACGCCCGGGGCUACCACCGGGCGCUGGGGCAGCAGGUGAAGGCGCUGGCGCAGAGGCCGCUGGAUGUGCCCGAGAUGUACCUGCUGCUGGAUUGGCACAGCAACGCCUAUCCCAGGGAGGUUUUGGGGCACCCCGAGGUGGGGGCGCUGCUGCGGGUGCAGGAAUUGGGGCCCCUCCUGCCCCCCGAGAUCCAGAGGGACCUGGAGAGAUCCUGCAUUGCUGCCGUCAAGGCCAAGGUGGAGGUGGCCGUGGCGCAGGAGCUGCAGCUGAGCGAGGACAGGUGGCCCGAGGAUGUCACCAGCCAGGACAUGGACGAGGGGCUGGCCACGCGUGUCACCGGGCUGCUGCGGGCGCACGUGGACCGAGCCCCCCAGGUGACCCCCGAGUUUGGCCGGGAGAUGGCGCACAGCCUGCUGGGAGUGCUGGUGGCCUUCCUGCACAGCUUCCAGCGCAAAGUCGAGCGGUUCCUGGACAGCCCCGGUGACCUCGCCCCGCCCGAUGCCACCCCCGGCCGCGCCAUCGCCUUGGCCAACUGCUGCCCCCCGUUCAGGGCGUUCGCGGAGCGGCUGGCGCAGUUCGGGCACGCUGAGAGCGAGGAGCCGCGGCGGCAGGCGCACGCGGCGCUGGACAGGGUCACCCGCGCCUGCGGCCACCUCCUCACCCGGCGGCUCUUCGAGGAGCUCAAGCCCCACUUUGGGAAGCUGAUGAAGCGCAAGUGGCUGACGAGCUCGGACGCCUUCGACACCAUCGUGAUGCUCAUCACCGGCUUCGCGCAGACCCUGCGGCCGCUGCACCCCGAGCCACACCAGGUGCUGGUCAGCGAGCUGCACCGCCGCGUGCUCAUCGAGUACGUGCGGCCGCUGCUGCAGGGGCGCCUGGUGUGCGCCUCGGCCAAGGCGCGCGCCCGCGUGGCCGCACGGCUCGGGGACGAGGCCCGGCAGCUCCGGGAGCUCUUCACGCGCCUGGACUCGGCGUCGCCCUGGCUGGACUCGGUGGUGCCGCGGCUGCGGGAGCUGCUGGUGCUGGAGGACACGGCCGCGCUGCAGAUGGAGGUGGGGGCCCUGGCCAGGGACUUCCCCGACGUGCGGCGCAGACACGUGGCCGCGCUGCUGGACGCGCGGGGGCUGCGGGCUCAGGGCCCCCGCCGGGAGAUCCUGGGGGUGCUGCAGGAUUUGGAGGGGUCGGAACCGGAACCGGGGCCCCCCCGGUACCGAACGUUCUUCGCCGAGCUGGCGGCGCCGCGCCCCGUGCGCUGCCUCCCGUUCCAGCUGCGCCUCCCGCGCCUCCCGCGCCGCAGCCCCGCCAGGACCCCCCCGUGA